AAAACAGGAGAGGGUGGGGUCACCGUGUCUGUCCAUGAAGAGUGAUUGGUCCAUGGACAGGCCCAUUAUGUUUGGAAAAGAUGCCAGUGAGCUGACAGCCAGUCUACUGACAGAGGACCACUUCAGAUGUUCAGUGUGUACAGAGGUUCUCAAAGAGCCAGUCUCCAUCCCCUGUGGACACAGUUACUGCAGACAGUGCAUUGAGACCCACUGGAACCAGCCUGACCAGACAGGAGACUACGACUGCCCCCAGUGCAGAAAGAGAUUCAGAACACGUCCGGACCUCUUCACUAACUCAGCCUUGGAGAAGGUGAUUGAGAAACUCCACCAGGCAGGGUUCAAGGUCCCUGCUCUCCCCAAGCACUGCUACGCUGGACCUGGAGAUGUGGCCUGUGAUCUCUGCACUGAGAAACAGUUCAAAGCUGUAAAGUCCUGUCUGACCUGCACUGCCUCCUACUGUGAGAGUCAUGUCAGACAUCACUACACCGUAGCAGCUCUGCAGAGACACACCCUGGUGGAGGUGACUGGAAACCUGGAGCAGAAACUGUGCCAGCUGCACCACAGAGCUCUGGAGGUCUUCUGUAAGACAGACCAGGUUUCUGUUUGUGUUCUGUGUGCCUUGCAGGACCACAGAAACCAUGAUGUCAUAAAGAAUGAGAGAGAUACUGAAGAGGAAAACACCAAAACUCAGGAGGAACAGAUUGCCUCCAGGCUGGAAGCUCGACUCCAGAGAGAGAUCACGAUUCUACAACAUAAUACAGAGGAGCUUCCUGCUGACAACUCUGAACAG